ACUGCUCGCAGCUGCAACUCAUAACCGGUAACAAGGUUCCGAUUUCCCGAUACGUACCAGUAAGGUGUCGGUUUGUAUGUGCACCCUCCCGCUCCGUCACCGGGUCAGAGCUGGCACACGUCCACACAACUUUCUGCCGAGUCAUCGGGACAGACACGCACCUCCGGCUCCGGGACUGGGAUGCUCCUCCUCCCCCCCCCCCUCCUCCUCCUCCUCUUCCUCCUCCUCCUGCUCGCCCAGGUCCGCUCAUCUCCAUCGCCAGCCCGGACAGGACUGAGAUGUCAGGCUCUGUAGCACCGGGUGAAGGUCCGAGGACUGAAAUGAUCCACGUUGCCGUCAAAAGUCUCACGGAGAGCAGGGAGUUCACCGUCAGGGGAGACUGCACCGUCAGACAGCUGAAAUGGGGUCUGUCGGAGCGCCUGGGAGCCUCGGCGGAGCAGCUGGUGCUGAUCCACUCCGGCCGGGUCCUCAGCGAGUCAGAGAUCCUGAGUCACCUUAAAGGGCAGAACGAGUCGGUCAGCCUCUGCAUGAUCCGGAGGCUUCAGCGUUCAUCUGCUGCGCCCACCAGUGAUCCAGCUUCAGAGACGGUCCAGUCAGAGCCCACAGAUGUUCUUGACCCUGAUCAUGAUAAGAUCACACCAUCUCCCACAUCUCCCCUCUGUCUGGUGGAAGGUCUGGACAGUGCUGGCCUAACAAACAGCGGGCCUGGCUUCUUCCCUGCAAUCCAGCGCCAGAUGGAGAAGCAGCUGUUGGCUGACCCGGAGAUGCUGCGCCUUGUCCUGGGCAGCCCCCUGGUGCAGAGCACCCUCUCCACUUCCAGCCCCCAAAUAACCAGACAGCUCAUUCUGUCCAAUCCCCAAAUCCAGCAGCUUGUAGAGACAAACCCAGAGGUGCGAGACAUGCUUAACAACACAGACAUCAUCACACAGGUGCUGGAGCUCAUCAGAAACCCUGACCUGAUAGCGGACGUGAUGCGUAUUGAAGACAGAGCAUUAGACAAUUUGCAACCCGAGCAGGACAACCCUGAAACCAUCACCGGCGACUCGGAUGGCCACCGGAAGACUGAAACAGGAGUACCCCCAGCGGUGACCACCUCGUCUGGGAUUCAACAGCCACCCAAAGGCGAAAGAAACCAGACAGCGCCCGUCUCCAGUCGCUCCACAGAUCCUCUCAGAGAGCUGACUGCCACGCCCACAGCUGAUCCAAACCCCCAGAGCACUAUUACUGCAGGCAUGCAGUCGCUGCUGGAGGAGAUCACGGCCAGUCCAGGUCUGAUGGAAGGCCUGCUGUGUGGGCCGUACGUCAACAGUCUUCUGAACUGCCUCAGUCAGAACUCUGACCUGGCUGCACAGAUGCUGCUGAGCCACCCUUUGUUCUCAGGGAACCCUCAGCUGCAGGAGCAGAUGACACAGCAGCUCCCUCUCUUCCUGCAACAGAUGCAGAGUCCAGAGCUGCUGUUAGCCAUGUUGAACCCCAAAGCCAUGGAGGCUCUGCUACAGAUCCAGCAGGGCCUACAGACUCUGGCUGCAGAGGCUCCCGUCCUCAUACCUGCGGCUGGACUUGGAAACAGUGGAGCCAAUGUUAAAGUCGACCCUGAGCUACAAUCUGAAUCUGUUCUGAACAGCCAAUCGGGAAAUGGCCCUCAGGUUGCCACGGUGACAGAGCAGCAGCAGCAGCAGUUUGUACAACAGAUGCUACAGGCUCUGGCUAACACCAAUAAUGGGGUCCAUCACGAGGAGGCUGAGUUCCAGGAGGAGCUGGAGCACCUGAGCUCAAUGGGCUUCAGAGACAGACAGGCAAACCUCCAGGCCCUCAUCAGCACAGGAGGAGACCUCACCACCGCUAUACAACAUCUACUCAGUCUCUGACACACACGCGCACACGCGCUCCCACACACGCACACACAGACGUUGAUCUGUGCACAUAUACAUACAUAAACGAAUGCACAUGUACUGAUAUUUGCAUAUAAGUACGUAUACUCAAACAAAAUAAUAAACUUAUCUUUAUCAGCAAUUACAAAGUGUUUUACAAAAAUCAAACACAAGAGACAUGCAAGCCAUAUUUAUAUUGCUGUACUUUAAAAGACAUACUUAUAUUCAUUCCUUAGCUUCGCACACUAACCUCUGUCGGCAGUAGUAAAGUACAUUCCAUCCUGUCAUAAAAGUCUCCCUCACUGAAGUAUGGUCUACACUU